AAUGGAUGCAUUGGUGAAAUCAUGAUUCAGGAUUGAAACAUGUUCAUUAUACAACAUUAGUGUCUGAUUUCAGAGAGAAAAUAAUAGGAAGUGAUAGAAUAUGAGAAAAAGUACUGAGAAAUGAUAAUGGCCUCGCAAAAAUUGAUAUUAUAGCCGACUCUGAUUCUUGUUUCACAUUUAAAGUUGUUAGAGCUAGUUAGAAAUGCGGUCUUUGUUGGCUUAACAAGCUGUAACCAAAUUGUAACUGACAAGUACUUAGUAACUAUAACAGAAUUGUAAUAGUUACAACACGUGCAAUCAAUGUGUGAAGCACUUGUCUACCAUUAUGAAUUCCACCUUUGACGAAGCAUCGUUUUAUAUUACUAGUUAUCAUUUUAAGCAUUCUCAAAAGUUCCCUUGGUUUUGGCAAAAACAAAAACAGCAAAUCACAAAUUUAUCAUAUUUAACUAGAUCAAAAAGUCAGAAUUUUUUGUAAGAUUAGUUAGCAUUCUAUUCCUGCGAUUUGUGUGAGCUAUCCCCUUAGAACCAUGCUGCUUACCUGCAUCUUCAUAUGCCUCUAACAUGUAAGUAAUGAUCACAGUCAAAGUGAAGUUAUUACUGUAUAUGUCAAUAGUGCUGAAUUUGGCUUUGGAUGUAGAUUGUGAUCCCAUCAGAUUGAGUUCUAUAUACCAGACAAAGGAUGGAUAAUUUGCACAGUGAAAUGAAGUGCAAUAACUUUACCAUCUGAUGAAAUAGGGAGAUACUAAUGUUCUUCAUACUUCAUAGCAAUGGAGCUGAAUUAAUUAGUUGAUAUUUGUUAGUGACAAAUAUGAACUCAAGUACAUAUAACUCUUUUUGUAAAGAGUUGUAGCCAAGUAUUUUCUUCCAAGAGGGCUGACUGACAUUAUGUGAGGUGGUUGUUUUUAAACUAUGUCUUCCAGGGAACAUUUAUGUUGAUGAGUAAUAUUUAGUGUGUUCUAGCCUAUCAUCCAUUUGCUAUCUGUUGUUUAUUACUAACUUGUUUGGAUUCAUAAUGCGAUGAAUGAGCUUUGUUGAUCUGUUGUUGCAGGAUGGGAAGCCGCCGGACAAAAACUGUGAGAUGAAGAUAGUUGGUUUAUUACCAUAUUUGUUCAACUUGGCAGAAGGAGGCGCUGUGCAUAAUACUAUUGAUAUGCAAUCAUUGUUUCUAUUGACAGGAGCAAAUGGUGGUGGUAAAUCAAGUUUGCUUCGGUCAAUUUGUGCUGCUGCACUACUUGGGAUAUGUGGACUUACGGUUCGUGCUGAAUCAGCUCUGAUUCCAUAUUUUGACUCCAUCAUGCUUCAUACGAAGUCAUAUGAUAGUCCAGCUGAUCACAAAAGUUCAUUUCAGGUGGAGAUGUCUGAACUUCGAUCCAUCAUUACUAGAACCACCCAAAGGAGCCUUGUGCUUGUUGAUGAAAUAUGCCGAGGAACAGAAGCUGCAAAAGGGACUUGUAUUGCAGGCAGCAUCAUUGAAACUCUUGAUAGUAUUGGCUGUCUAGGUAUUGUAUCUACUCACUUGCACGAAAUAUUUACCUUGCCGCUUAACAUCAAGAACACUGUGCACAAAGCAAUGGGCACCACUUGCAUUGAUGGACAAACAAAACCUACUUGGAAGCUGACAGAUGGUAUUUGUACAGAAAGUAUUGCUUUUGAAACUUCCAAAAGGGAAGGAAUUGCCGAGAUUGUUAUCAAAAGAGCUGAAGAUCUUUAUGUCAGUUUAUGCUAAGAAACUGCUUUCUGCAGAAAAUAUUGCAAAAGCAGAAAGAAUUUUCUACUUACAUCUAGGGCUGUGCAACAAAUCCGGUAAUGUGGCCCAAAUCCAAAACCGGAUUUAAAUUUAUUUUAAAUAUCCGGUUAAAAUUACAUGGUUAUAAGUCGGUUUUUUUAUGAACCGGUUGUAUACGGACUUAUGUUUUAUAUUUGAAUUUGAUUUUUAUCCGAUUUUUAUCCA